UUUGUCCUUCAAAACCUUCCAUUUCUGGGUGUCAAAGUUCAGUCUGGUUUUCUUGCUGGGUUUGAAGAAUUUCAGCUUUUUUAAUUCAAAGUUGAAAGCUUUUAAUGAAUUGAGCAGAAAUUCGAAGUGGGUUUCUCCUGAUUUCUUGAGGAAAUAUUUCUGAUAAGCCAAAAAAAAAUUCAAGGGUUGAAAAAACAGGGAAAGCUUUUAGGGUUUAAGGAAAUGGAAGCAAGAGAAGUAGUAGUUAGUAGUGGUGGUGGGGUUACGGUGGUGGGAUCCGAUGCUCCGUCGGAUUACCAAAUUUCUCACAGGUCAGAUCAUUCUAACUCUGCCGCUCCUCCUGGAUCAGCCCAAUUCCCUCCGCCGCAGGCGGUGGUCGGAGCCCCGCCGCCGAUGUCGGCGGGGAUGCCCGUCAAAAAGAAGAGAGGGAGGCCAAGGAAGUACGCCCCUGACGGAAGUGUGCCCAUGGCUUUAUCACCCAAGCCGAUCUCCUCUGCCGCUCCGGCGCCUCCGCCGGUGAUAGAUUUCUCCUCCGAGAAGCGCCCUAAAGUGAAAUCGGUCACCAAGAAAUACGAGCCACCUCCUCCACCACAGCAGCCACAGGCGCAGGCAGAGAACUUCGAAUAUGCACCUGCUGUGAAUGAUUGGGUCGCAUGCUCUGCUGGCGCUAAUUUCACUCCUCAUAUCAUCACUGUAAAUGCGGGCGAGGAUGUUACGAUGAAGAUCAUAUCCUUCUCUCAACAAGGUCCUCGUGCUAUAUGUAUACUCUCUGCCAAUGGUGUCAUCUCCAGUGUCACCCUUCGUCAGCCUGAUUCUUCUGGAGGUACACUAACUUUUGAGGGGCGCUUUGAAAUACUAUCCUUAUCUGGGUCAUUCAUGCCUACUGAUACAACGGGAGGGACAAGGAGCAGAUCUGGCGGCAUGAGUGUUUCGUUGGCAAGUCCAGAUGGACGAGUUUUGGGUGGCGGGGUCGCUGGUCUGUUAGUAGCUGCAGGUCCAGUUCAGGUCGUGGUAGGCAGUUUUCUGGCGGGGAAUCAGCACGAGCAGAAGCCAAAGAAGCCAAAACCAGAUUCCUUCACCAUAACAACAACAACAACCACAACCAAUGCCAUUCCCAUCUCAGUCGCUGAUCCUAAAUCUGGAAUCACAUCGACCUCGUUCCGAGGAGAUACGUGGUCUUCUAUUCCAGCCGAUUCGAGAAGUGAACAAGGCAAGAUUAACAUGACAGUACAUGCAGGAAUGCACAUGGAGCUUCUUCUUCUGAAGCCCAUUUCAGUGAUCUUGAUCUUGUGUUUGCUGGCUGCUGUUCUGCUUUCAACCUUGUCCUCACCUGUCUUCCUGCUUUCCCUGUUCAAUAGCAUGGUUCUGGCCAUUGCUGUUGGGAGCAGCAGCAGCAGGAACUCGUAUGAGGAGCACGUCGAUGGUGGUGGUGGUGGUGGUAUAUGGAGCUCGUUUCAGUCUUCAUCUUAUGGAGGAGCUGGGGAUGACUAUUUGUGUUAUGCUGCUGUUAGGAAUGAUGAUGAGGAUGAUAUGUCUUGUGAUGCUAAGGAUGGGGAUGAUAGUGAUAGUGAAAGCAAAGAUUGUUGCAAGGAGGAAGAUGAUGAGGUGUUGGAACAUGGCUAUGACGAAGAUGACGAUGAUGAUGGGAGCGAUGGCGAGGUUGGGUGGCUAGAUGAGGGAGAUUGUGAGGAAGAAGAAGAGGAAGUGGCAGUAGUGGAUGAUGAUAAGUAUCAUAGGCUGUAUGAGGUUGAUGGUGGAGAAGUGUUGGAUUACAAUUUGGAAAAAAGAGCUGAAGAGUUUAUUACAAAGGUUACUAAAGGAUGGAGAGAUGAAUUGUUAAGGGAUCAUCAUUCAUCAGACAGAGCAAUGGGAAAUGGUUUUGAUUGA